UGUGGGGUAAGCAUCUCACCUGCGUUGGAAACUUCGUUCGCAAAUUUUGGGGUACAAUUUAUGACCGACUCAUGAUGGAUGUAGUUUCUGCAGUUACCUGUACAAAGACUCUGUAAGUUAGAACUUCCAUGGUAUGUACACAUCUUUAACUUUGAAGCUAGCUCGCCCGGAAAGGAGAAACAGGAUUCAGAAAUUAGAAAAGAGCCAAAGAAGUAAAGAAAUGUUUCCCAGAUACACAGCAGCAGGAAGUAUGUUUGCGCCCCGAGUGGAUAACCGAGAAGAACUUCAGUUCGCGGAUUUCCGAAGUAGGGAGGCGGACAAUAUGAGACGGGCAGAUGUCAGGCAUAAGCCGUUCAUGCAGCCAGUGUACAGAACAUCCAAGGACAUCGACAGCAGACAGCGAAUCACGCCAUCAGAACGACAUAACGGAGUGAUUCGACCCGAAUUUACGAGUUUAGCUGAUGUUUACGAAGGAGCCCUCCGCAACGUAUUGGGUAUACAACUUCACCUGGCUCUCGAUGAUCAGCAGUCGUUUGCACAAGACGCCAUAAAUGAUCUUCUUUUCAGUCGCGAGAAAUCCUUACCUGGCCACCACAGGGGGCUACGACAUGAUCAAAACAACUGUAUAAAGAGGGGAAACGAAAACCACCAAAACAGUCUUCCAAGCGAUGAAAACAAAAACAUUAAAAACGUAGGCUCCUUUCAGGGGCGUACUUCUCUAAGGGACCCUCUGAGGGUUUCUGCAGGGGGUUCUGCCUUUCACGUCCCCCCUAAGAAGUUACGAUUAGAUGAUGAUAUACCUUAUUCCGAAAGGGGAUUUCCUAUGGAACACUAUGGGGUUGCCCCAAGGAUGAACUUCCCACCGGACUAUCCAAACUCCUUUCAUUCCCCGAAAGGAGCACCGGGAAUUUACCACCGACGGGUCAACGCGCCUGAAACUGUGUCUCAUGCUUACGGAACAAACGGGAUUCACAUUCCUUCACCCAGGGAUCGCUACUCUCUGUGGUCAUUCGGACACCAUCGAGAUCUCUCUAAUUUAUUCCCGGUUCGGUGUUCUUCUGUUGAAAGCGAUCACAGACUUCAUCCAGGGAGUUUCGAUGGCGACAGGCGGAGAACUAUGGACUUCGGGCGCGUAAAUGGAUUUAUGCACGAAAAAACAGCCGUAAAGGUUAAAAACGAAAAGGACCCGAGAGAUGAAAUCACUAAACGCGACCAAAAAGCAAUUUUAACCGAAAAACGAAGCCCACUGGCUUCAGAAAAGGAGACAGGACUUGAACGGGAUUUGGAAAGAGACAAACUAUCGCCAAAUUCUUCGUCUUCACCAAAAUCUAAACAGGUUCACCCUUUAUUGAUUCCUCGAAGAUCGAGUCCGACGCAUGGAGCUGUAGAUUUUCGAAUGAAAACGCGCUACCGCAGCGCGCUUAGGAAACUGGAAGCCAGAAGAGAAGGAAGGAAAGGAAGCGUAGACGAUGCUAAAGAAGAGUUUCUAUUCAAGUUAGGACUCGAAAGAAUCGAAGCUUGAAUGGGUUAACAAUUCUACUGAUUGACAACUGGAAGAUAAAUAAAUAAAUAAAAAAUAAAACGAAGUUUUACAUGUAUAUCCACUGAAAAAUGAUCAACGACAACUACAACAAAGAGUGAGAAAGUAAAAUUUACUUUUGAUUGGUCAAGUAUCUUCUUGGACAAAUAUAACUCGUGACGUCAUGAAAUGGAUAACUGGUUAUUUACGCAUGUGCAAAGACGAAGAAUUGAAAGAUUCAAUUAAAAGUAAAUGAUCUUAGUCGGUUUGAAUUCGGAAAGAGAACGCCUCGGCAGAAGCGUAUGUUUUUCUUUGUGUAACUUAGGGAUUUUUCUGUCUUAGUCGGGAGGCUUACAAAAGUAUAUAUUUAUUGUUGAUACUCAAACGAAGUCCCGGUAUGAAUCGCGAUAGUAAAAAGCCUCUUGUAACAAAAAUUCAGCUUGAAUCAGUAAAUCGUAAACCUAGCUUACAAAUUGUUUUAAAGUGCUGAAUAUAAUGGUCGCCAUUAUUAUCACUUAUGGCAGAGAUUAAUACUAACGCGACUAGGUUUUGACUUUUCUAUUUAAUUUUAAAGUAUUUUGCAACGUUAACUUGAAAAAUGGUCGAAAUCAUGUUAAAUUGUAUGAUAUGGAAACUUAUCCCUUUAAAUGGAAGUAAACUACAAUGUUAAUCUACUGCAAUGCAAUUAUGGUUAACGACAAAACUUGCAACAAGUUUUUCUUAAAAAUCAAAGCUGAAAUAUAACAUUACUAGGCUGGUUGCAAUAAA